ACAGGCCUCGGCGGACGUGGAAGUCACUUGGCUGCCCGGGGCGUCACGCACCGAGGAGCCGGGGACGUCACCUGCAAAGGAGCCCAGAGGUCCCAUGAGCAACCCCUCCCCUCCCCCGGAGCCACCUGCAGCCUGUGAGACCGGGACGCCUUGGAGGUCCCACUGACCCGGACAGGGGGGCCUGGCGUGCAGGAGAAGCCUCGUGACCGGCCCUCCACCCCGCGUGGCGGAGUGCUGUGGCGGCAGCGGGGUGCAGACCGAUCCCCACACCGACCGCGCCCGGUCAGGGAGCCCCGCAUCCCCGUGUCUGCGGAGGGCCGGCACCGGCCGCCAGCGCGAUGGACAGGAACCUGAGGAACGUGCUGGUGGUCUCCCUGGGGUUCCUGCUCCUCUUCACAGCCUACGGGGGGCUGCAGAGCCUGCAGAGCAGCCUGUACAGCGAGGAGGGCCUGGGCGUGGCGGUGCUCAGCACGCUCUACGGCGCCAUGCUGCUGUCCUCCAUGUUCCUGCCGCCCCUGCUCAUCCGGACGCUGGGCUGCAAGUGGACCAUCGUCGCCGCCAUGAGCUGCUACGUGGCCUUCUCCCUGGGCAACUUCUACGCCAGCUGGUACACCCUGGUGCCCACCUCGGUCCUGCUGGGCCUGGGCGCAGCGCCGCUGUGGUCCGCGCAGGGCACCUACCUCACGACCGUGGGGAACGCCUACGCGGAGAAGGCGGGACAGGUCGGCAGAGACGUGGUGAACCGGUAUUUCGGCAUCUUCUUCCUCGUGUUCCAGUCGUCCGGCGUGUGGGGCAACCUCAUCUCCUCGCUGGUGUUCGGCCAGACGCCCACUCAAGGCCCCGUCCCUGAGGAGCAGCUCGCGUCCUGCGGGGCCCGGGACUGCCUGAUGGCCACGGCGCCCGGCAACAGCACCCAGCGUCCCACCCAGCAGCUCAUCUACACCCUGCUGGGCAUCUACACGGGGAGCGGAGUCCUGGCGGUCCUGCUGGUGGCGCUCCUGCUAGACCCGCUGGGAGAGCCUCAGCAGAGGAGCGAAGGCGGGACCCCCUCCACCUGUUCCACCUUGCUGUCGACCUUCAGACUCCUGAGAGACCGGCGCCUGCGCCUGCUGGUGCUGCUGCCCAUGUACAGCGGGUUCGAGCAGGCCUUCCUGGCGGGCGACUACACGCGGUCCUACGUCACCUGCGCCCUGGGCAUCCACUUCGUGGGCUACGUGAUGAUCUGCUUCUCGGCCACCAACGCGCUGUGCUCCGAGCUGUACGGGAAGGUGUCCCAGUACACGGGCAGGAUCCCUCUCUACGCAUUCGGUGCCGUCACCCAGCUGUCCUGCAUCGUCGCCCUCCUGCUGUGGAGACCCAGCCCCGACCAGCUGGCCGUGUUCUUCGUGUUCUCUGGCCUGUGGGGCAUGGCCGACGCCGUCUGGCAGACACAGAACAACGCCCUGUACGGAGUCCUCUUCGACAAGAACAAGGAGGCCGCCUUCGCCAACUACCGCCUCUGGGAGGCGCUGGGCUUCGUCGUCGCCUUCGGGUACAGCACCUUCCUGUGCGUCAGCGUCAAGCUCUACGUCCUCCUGGGCGUCCUGGGCGUGGCCAUGCUGGCCUACGGGACCGUGGAGCUCAUGGAGGCCCGGGGGCUGGCGGGGCCCCUCGCGGCGGAAGCCUCCGAGCCCGCGGAAGGAGGGGACACGCAGACCAAGAUGUGAAGGCGGCCACGCCCCUCCGGGGCGGGGCGUCGGCGGGGGCGGGGCGGGGCGUCGAGGGGCGGGGCGCCUCCGAGGUGGUGGCCGACGCUUCGCCACCGCCACCGUCUGAGCGAGAGGAGGCCGUUGGAAAGGCAUCAUGUAGUUUUAUUUUUUUAUGUCGUUUUUCCAGUUGUAUCCAAUGUGCAGCCCACCUCCUCACCCGCAGAGGUGAGGAGUAUCCGUGAAAAAAAUCCGUUAAUUUCAGGUGCAGAAGAAAAAAGUGUAGCGUCUGCUCAGCCCACUGGGACUUGCUUAGAGGCACAGAACCAGCAGCCCAGACUCGGUGUCGUGGUCGCUGUUGUCUCCGGGCCCGGAGCCCGGAGCCCGGGACUUGUUGUCCCAAGUGGCGCGGCCCGACUCCACGGGUUCACCAGCUGACGUCCGCGCUCGUGGGCGGGCUGCCUCGGGUCGCGGGCGCGCCGCAGCCAGGCGCCAGUGCGCGGGUUUGGAUCUUGCAGAGCGGGGGCCUCUAAAGAAACGCGGUGCUGUCGCGAACCUGCCGCCUGGCCACGCGCUUUGAUUCUGAACGCUCACGUGGGUGACACAGCGAAGGCCGUCAUCACACAGGCGACUCUGGCGUGUCCUAGGUCAUGGGGGGUCUUCCAAGCGGCCCCCGCCCACCUCGCAGCCCGCGCGUGUGCUCACCUCGGUCUGGACCUCCCUGUGGUCCCCAGGCUGGGAGAAGCAGGUCACGCCGCCGGCGCCUCCUUUCUGAGUGCUUCUUCCUCUCCGCACUGCCCUGCGCCCCCCCCACCCCCCGCACGCACCCUCCCACCCACUGGUGCUCCCCGUGGGUUUCUCCUGUCGGCUGUGAGCCGUGAGGCCGCCUCCUCCCACGCCGCAUUCACCUGUGCCCUCCUCCGCACUGCCUCUCCCCUGUCCGUGGGGUAGCCCCGCCUCCCCCCAGCUGUCCUCCGCCCUCCUCCCGCUGCAGGCAAGGCCCUGUCAGGCCCACUCCUGUCCACACCCCUCAGGGGCUCCCGUUUGCACGAGUCCAGCGCAGGGCACCAGGGCCGCCGGACGCCUCCCAAGGGCCGGCUGCCCUCCAGACCUUCGCUCCCGCUUGCUCUCCGCGAAUCGCCCUGCCUGUCCACGCCAGACCAGCCGGCUUCAGGAGUCCUCACCGCCUACCCAGCAAGUGCUUUGUGAUGCUGGUUUUUGCACAAAUGUCUCCCCCUGCUGGGCCUUAAGCUUUAGCGUCUGGCAUGUAAUACUCAUAGGUGCUUAGGGGAUGUUUGUUGAGUAAAGAAAAUGCAUCAAUGACAUAAAGAAUCAUUAACCCGCCCUGGCUGGCGUAGCUCACUGGAUUGAGCGCGGGCUGCGAAUCAAAGUGUCGCAGGUUCGAUUCCCAGUCAGGGUACAUGCCUGGGUUGCAGAUCAUGGCCCCCAGC